UACUGGAACUGUGUAGCAUUUGAGGAGUCGAAUAAAAUUACUGGAACUGUGUAGCAUUUGAGGAGUCGAAUAAAAUUACUGGAACUGUGUAGCAUUUGAGGAGUCGAAUAAAAUUACUGGAACUGUGUAGCAUUUGAGGAGUCGAAUAAAAUUACUGGAACUGUGUAGCAUUUGAGGAGUCGAAUAAAAUUACUGGAACUGUGUAGCAUUUGAGGAGUCGAAUAAAAUUACUGGAACUGUGUAGCAUUUGAGGAGUCGAAUAAAAGUCGACCUCUAUCAGGUCAUAGGACAUCAAGAGGACAUCCAGGACAUCUAGGGGACACCUAGAGGACAUCGAGGACAUGUUGUGGUGUGGCAGAGGACGGCUGAGGUCUGAAGGUGACAGCUCAUUGUUUGACGAGGAAUUCAAAAUUUUGGUGCUCGGCGCUAGGGAUGUCGGGAAAACUGCCAUCUGUCAGGUCUACGUUGCAGGGCGGGAGACGGGGAACAAGCUGGUUAAACACCAGAAAUCUGAAUUAUCUACCUGGGAUACGGUGGACGGAGUCGCCUGCUGCCUGCGGCUUUAUGAGCUGAGAUUGCCGUCACAGGUGAGCCCGCAGGUUGAGUGCGAUGACCCAAUCAUCAGGUCCCUGAUACAGCGGGCUGAUGGUGUUCUGAUGGUCUACGCCAUCUCCAGCCCGCCCAGCUUCACAGCUACAGCCGGCUACCACCAGCUGCUGCUGGAGGUCAGAGGUCAAGUGGAGACACCGCUGGUCUUAUUAGCCAACAAAAUGGACUGCACGCAUGAGGUGACUGGGGUCAAAGGUCGUGAAACAGCAUUUGACCUUGGAGCCUCGUUCUACGAAACGUCAGCACGAGCUGAGCCAGAGCGCGUACAGCUUGUGUUUCAUGACGUCAUCAGGCAGGUGCGCUCAGUCCGUGAGCACGCACGUCAGCAUCCAUGCACGCUCGUGCGAGGUCUGAUCCAAAGACUCAGCCUCAAGGCCAGGCGAUCCAAAUCUAGGUCAAGGCUUAAGUUGACUGACCAAGGUCAAGGAUGACUCCGUCAGCUGUGUACAUGUGUACAGUUUUAGUGUGUGUGUGUUGACGUGUGUAGUGUGCAUGUGUGCAUGUGUGCACACAUUUAGAGUGUGGGGGGGGGGGGGAGAAUUAAUGGGCGACCACCCCGGGCGCAGGCCCUUGGGUGGGCACCAAAACGGGUAGAAGAAGUACUAAAUGUUAAAGUUUCUAAUUACAAUCAAAGUAGAGAAAGUAAAGGCUAUAAGGCUUGCUUUACAUAGAGAAAGUAAAGGCUCUAAGGCUGGCUUUACAUAGAGAAAGUAAAGGCUAUAAGGCUUGCUUUACAUAGAGAAAGUAAAGGCUAUAAGGCUUGCUUUACAUAGAGAAAGUAAAGGCUCUAAGGCUGGCUUGUGAUUUGAUUGGGUUCUAUCUGAUUGUGUAACGGGAAAAUAAGUACAAUUAAAAAUACAAGAUGGACGGGGAGGGUUUUCCCCCCAUCAAAAAUAGGAAGGAUUUACACCGGAUUUAUACCUAGAUAAAUCUUGAACACUGCCAAUAGAACCAACUGGAUUUCACUGGCCACUGGUCACUAGUCACUGGCCAAAUUUGUUUAAAACAAAAUCACGCAACUAGUUGUAGUUGUGUUGAGUCAUUUUGUUUAAAACUUCCCUGAUUGCAAUACAAAUGGCCUGGAUCCAUUGUAGAAAACAGCAAGAAAUAUCACGGAUUCUUCUGUGGCGAUCUAAUUUAGCCCAGGGUUCAGUGCCGGCCCCUCCAGGGUUCAGGUGGUUCAGGUGGGACGUGACGUCAUCCAGACGUCGGAUCUUUACAACCAUCGGAUUACAUUUUUAGAUUACAUAGUAAGUGAAUGUAAUCAUUAGUAACAUUACAACUGACCAUUGACACGACUGACCACUGACACGACUGACCACUGACACGACUGACCACUGACAUAAUUGACCACUGACACAACUGACACAACUUACACAACUGACCACAUUACAGACUUUCUAUUAAUAGGUACAUUAUUUUGUCGCUAAUGAGUUCUAAGAGUUUUUGAUUGACCCAGAUUUCCCAUCAGAACCAGCACAGGUGCCAACAGUUAGCGAGAGAAUGUUCUAGAGAUUCUAGUGACACCACUAAUUAGAGAAUGUUCUAGAACUUUUAGUGACACCACUAAUUAGAGAAUGUUCUAGAGAUUCUAGUGACACCACUAAUUAGAGAAUGUUCUAGAACUUUUAGUGACACCACUAAUUAGAGAAUAUUGUAGAGCUUUUAGUGACACCACUAAUUAGAGAAUGUUCUAGAGAUUUUAGUGACACCACUAAUUAGAGAAUGUUGUAGAGCUUUUAAUGACAAGCUGGGAAAUAGCCAAGUCAUUUUAAAAAUAGGGCGG